AUGGUGCAGAACAUCCAGCUGGGCCAAGUUCUUAUCGACGGGGGGUGCUCGAUCAACCUCCUCUUCGCCGAUGCACUAGAUGCCCUACAGAUUCUGAGGAGCUUAUUGAGGCCCUCUCCACCCUUCUUCGGGAUCACCCUGGGCUCCUCGGCUAAGCCUCUAGGGAAAAUCGAGCUGCUCGUUACCUUCGCCUCGCUGGACAACUUCAGAAUUGGAAGGGUCCUGUUCGAUGUGGCCAACUUCGGGACCGCGUAUAAUGCGAUCCUCGGACGACCAGCGAUGGCCCAGUUCAUGGCCAUUGCCCACUACGCAUACCAAGCUAUCAAAAUCUCUGGGCCAACAGGGGCCAUCUCCAUUGUUCGCAAUGCUACAACAGCCUUGUACUGCGAUAAGAGGAGCCUCAGUAUGGUCAAGCUGACUCCCAAAUCACAACCUAUGACCGCUGAACCCAGCAGGCGACAGAUAAAGGUCCAUGUUGUCAUCCGCCCAGAUGAUCAACUUAAGGCAGUGAGCCUGGAUGACACUAACUCGACCAGGUCGGUCUAG